AUGUCUUCCGACCUGACUGGAGAGCAAAUGCAGGCCAAGAUCACGGCUGCGAGAAGAGAAGCCGAAGGUCUAAAAGAUAGAAUCAAGCGCAAGAAGGAUGAUCUGGCAGAUACAAGCUUGCGACAAGUCGCGCUCAACAACACUGAAGCCCUACAACGAAUAGGGAUGAAGCCUAGAAGAAAUCUCAAAGGGCAUUUGGCCAAGAUCUAUGCCAUGCACUGGUCAACCGACAGACGGCAUUUGGUUUCUGCUUCACAAGACGGCAAGCUUAUCAUCUGGGAUGCUUAUACUACAAACAAAGUCCACGCAAUUCCUCUUCGCUCAUCAUGGGUCAUGACUUGCGCAUAUGCCCCGAGUGGAAAUUAUGUUGCCUGUGGUGGUCUGGACAAUAUCUGCUCGAUUUAUAACCUGUCCACAAGAGAAGGCCCGACACGUGUUGCUCGCGAACUCUCGGGACAUUCUGGCUAUCUAUCAUGUUGUCGAUUCGUCAAUGACAGAAAAAUCAUCACCUCCUCGGGGGAUAUGACUUGCAUGAUGUGGGACAUUGAGACAGGGUCAAAAGUAACUGAAUUUGCCGAUCACUUGGGCGACGUCAUGAGCAUCAGCAUAAACCCUACCAACGCCAACAUCUUUGUAUCUGGGGCUUGUGAUGCCUUCGCGAAACUUUGGGACGUUCGAACAGGAAAGGCCGUCCAGACUUUUGCCGGACAUGAAUCGGACAUCAACGCCAUCCAAUUCUUUCCCGAUGGGAAUGCUUUUGGCACAGGCUCUGACGAUGCUUCGUGCAGACUUUUUGAUAUCAGAGCUGAUCGGGAACUGAUGUCCUAUCAAAAUGAACAAGUUCUGUGUGGCAUCACAUCCGUCGCAUUCUCGGUCUCUGGCCGCCUGUUGUUUGCUGGCUACGAUGAUUUCGAAUGCAAAGUUUGGGACACUCUACGUGGCGACAAGGUUGGAUCGCUCAACGGACAUGAAAACCGAGUCAGCUGUCUUGGUGUUAGCAAUGACGGAAUUAGUUUAUGCACUGGUUCUUGGGAUUCCUUACUGAAAAUCUGGGCUUGGUAA